AUGGGCCAAAGCAGCCUCAGUUGCCCCUUGAUUGAACUGGUGGUUGGGUCGUUGCUGACUGGCUGUUUGGCUGCUCCUCGAUACUCACUCACUCACUCACUCGCUCACUCACUCGUUCACUUCAAAGCUAGCAGUGAUGGCAGCAGGGCGGGUGAUGGUGGUGGUGGUGGUUGUGGUGGCGGCGGUGGUGGUGGUGGUGGUGCAGCGUGGCGAGGCUGUACCGUCCAAAGUGGGGAACAGAAUGGUGCCCAGCUGGUGGAUUGGCGCUCGCACCAAGAGGACGUGUCAGAGAUGGUCGGAUUGUGCUGAGAAGGAGUGCUGUGUACGGCCUAUGCUUGCCUCCAGAUCUUACUGCUUCCCGUAUAAGACGCUGGGAGAGUCCUGCGACGCCUCGGCCCUCCUGGUGAAUAUGGAGAAGGAGGUGUUUCUGGACCACUGCCCCUGUGACCUGCACCUGACCUGCGCUAACCUGUACCUGGGCACUACUGGCAAGUCCUCCCACAGUGUGUGCGUGGACCCAGACGCUGCCUUCGACCACGGCAACACCCUGGCCGAGGAGGCGGGGGGCAGGCAACCAGACAGAGCCCCCUCCCCAGUGCAGAUUACAUUCUAAGUACUCAUGAUAUAAACCUAUUGUAUCCUAAUCUAAUCUAACUUAUUGUAACCUUAACCUAGCCUAACCUAUUGUAACUUAAUCUGAUUUUACCUAACAUUCUCAGCAAAUUACUUAUUUUUGCUUUACCUAACACAACCUUGCCUUACCAAACACAAUCUAACCUAAUUCAAACCCUACCAAACCCAAAAUAACUUACUUUACUGAACUCAGCCUAACUUAGCCUAGCCUUACCAAACUGAACGUAGCCUAACCUAACCUAACCUAAACUAACCUAACCUAAUUCAAACCCUACCAAAAACCAAAAUAACUUACUUUACUGAACUCAGACUAACCUAGCCUAGCCUUACCAAACUGAACGUAGCCUAACAUAACCUAGCCUUACCUAACCAAACCAACCCAAAAUGAACCUAAUCGUAACCUAACACACAAGAAGCAGAAUUACCGUUACCAGGCCUAUCUUCUAAAAUUCACUUUAAAAAAAGGUAGAUAAGUAAUGUUUGUCUGUGCGUGUGUAUAUUUGAUUUAUAUUUCAACUGUCUGUCUGUCUGUCCUUCUAUGUGUCUUUCUGUAUUCGUCUCUCUCUCUCUCUCUCUCUCUCUCUCUCUCUGAAAAUAUAAUUAUUCAUGUACUAAACAGCGUAUGUGUUUGUAAGAGUAUUAACUGUCUCGUUUUUAUUAAUAUCUUCCAAUGUUUCCCUAUGUAUAUGUCAGGUACCGUACACCAAUAAAGUGUAAUUCAUC